GGUUGUCGUCUUGGGGACCCAUCCGGACCAGAUGGGCACAAUGGCAGAUCCCCACGCAGCGUAUAUCGAGAUGCCACCACCGCCACCUCUCUCGCCCUGUGACUCCCCCACUCUUCGUAUCCGUGGCAUCUCGGCUCCGAUCGCCCGCGCCUCCCCUGCCCGCCUCAACGCCGCCUCCCUAUCCGUUUGUUCUGUGCAGUUAAAAUUCUCAUCAACAUACCACAAGAAGGCACUUAAUUUCACCAUGUCUGGAACGCCAUCUGACGUUGCAACUGAUCAAGCGAGGCUUGCGGGGGAUGUUUCUGAUGAAAAGGUAGAAGAAACUCAAGACCAUAAUGAAGGGACGGGCAUGCCCUCACCAGAAGAGGAGGAGGCAGCGAUCAAGAAAAAAUAUGGAGGAAAAAUGCCCAAAAAGUCGCCACUUAUAUCUAAGGACCAUGAACGGGCUUUCUUUGAUUCUGCUGAUUGGGCUUUAGGAAAGCAAGGUGGAAGCGCCAACAAGCCCAAAGGUCCCCUUGAAGCUCUUAGACCAAAACUUCAGCCUACUCAACAAAAUGCACGUGCCCGUCGAUCUUCUUAUGCAUCUGGGGACAAUGACGAGACUUUGAGUUUGCCUGCUGAGGAGUUGAUCCAGAACGAUGACCCCAUUGAAGACAAGAACAAGGAAUAAGUAUAAUAUUCCCCGUGCUUCUUAUACACCAAAAAAACGCCAUUUUGCUGUCCCCGCCAAAACUGUUGCCUUGGCAAUAAGUAGCGCCGGUGCUCCUGGGAUUGUCUCUUCAGUUUUACCUGUGGUAUAUCUAACGUCUACCACAUUCAGCUGUUCAGUCUUUCCGAUACCUGAACCAGCUAGGAACGAAUAUUUUUAUGAUGGUCAUGUUGUAGUACUAGAUGUGUAAGAAAAAAUAAUGGAACUUCAUGGGAAUCACUAUGAUACUGUUGAUCAUUCAAAUGAAAUGUCACCUUUGCUAUCA